AUCAUUUUCCUCCCGAUUUCCGACGGAAAACGAGAGAAUCCAUCGCUCCCGUCUCCGAAUCGCUCCCGUCUCUGAAACCUUCGCUCCCGUCUCUACCAUGUCUUCACGCUCACCUCUCUAAACCUAAUCGUGCCUCUCAUAAUCGUGCCUCUCAUCUCUGAACAUCGAUCGCAGCCCUAAUUGCUGCGAUAAACAAUCGCAACCCUAAUUGCGAUAAACCGCCGUCUCUCUCCAUUCAAUUGUCACUGAAUUUCUUCGGUUUUGCUGCAAUGUCUUCUCGCCAAAACACAUCAAUGCCUAGGCGUAAGUUUGUGCCACCAAACGUACACCAUCAAUUUCCCGUGGAAACAAUAUCUGACCCAAUUUUUCAUCAAAAUCAAAGACCCACAAAAAGCACUAUAAGAAGGCCCUCUAUUCUUCUUCAUCUGGGGUGAGCGAUCGUGAAUUUGAAGCUUUUUCAGACACUCAAUUUGUGCACGACACUGAGCAUAUGGAUGUAGAUGAUGAUGAGGAGCGAUGGGAAAAAUUCAGAAAGUGGGCUGCUGCUUGUGUUGUAGCCUAUGCCACCUAUGCUAUUUUUCUUAUCUCAUUAAUUCGAGGGCCAAAUCACAAAAAUGAUGAGAGUAUAAUAGAAAGAGACUAUGAAAGGCAAAGUUUGAUAAGACGUUUGAAAAAUAUGAAUGAUGAGGACUGUCGUGAACAGUUACGAAUGAGGAAAGGUGCAUUUGCAAAUCUAGUAAAUAUUCUUAGAGGAAGAGGUCUUCUUCGAGAUACUCGACAUAGUAGCAUAGAGGAGCAAGUAGCAAGGUUUCUUUAUGUAGUAGGUCAUAAUUUAAGGAAUAGAAAAAUUAAGUUUGAUUUCAGGCGUUCCGGUGAAACUAUAAGUCGCCAAUUUAAACAAGUGCUUAAAGCUAUAAUCUCUUUAGAAGAUUUGCUUUUAAAGCAAAAUGAUGGAAAGAGUGCCCUAUAGAGAUCAAGAACAACUCCAGAUACUAUCCAUAUUUUAAGGGCUACAGGAGUGUAUAGGUGCACUUGAUGGCUCACACUUUCGUGUGAAAGUAUCGAGUGGUGAUGCACCAAGAUAUCGAGGGCGUAAAUCAUACCCAACUCAAAAUGUUCUUGCCGCAUGCACCUUUGAUCUAAAGUUUACCUAUGUUAUGUCUGGUUGGGAAGGAUCAGCCUCGGAUUCUAGAAUAUUGAAAGACGCUUUAACUAAAGAGCAUGACCGCUUAAUAGUCCCUCAAGGAAAAUACUUUUUGGUUGAUGCUGGUUAUCAACUAAAAACUGGAUUUCUUGCUCCUUUUCGGGGUACUCGCUAUCAUUUGAAGGAGUUUAGUCUUCACGAACCACAAAACUCGCGUGAACUUUUCAACCUACGACAUGCUUCCUUAAGGAAUGCAAUUGAACGAGCUUUUGGAGUUCUAAAGAAGAAGUUUCCGAUGUUACGAAGUGGAGCAGAAUCUCAUUUCAACGUGGAUACUCAAGCAGACAUUGUGCUAGCAUGUUGCAUUCUUCAUAAUUACCUUAUGGGUGUUGAAACAAUUUGGUUUUUCUUUUGAAUGCUUUUUGUCAUUUUAUGAUGGAUAUUGUGAAAUUUUAUAGUAUUUUGACACUAACAUCUAUUGUAACUUUCCUAUUACUUUUAUUAAUUUAGUAUGAAGAUAAUACAGAGGACUUGACUGGCAGUGAAAAAAAGAAUUUCAAGUGGAGUGUUGACAUGGAUGAAUUCCUUCUUGAUUCUCUCAUGGAGCAAAAGCUAAAAGGACAAAAGAUCGGUGGAGUUUUCUCAAGUACAGCUUACAAUGUGGUAUCAAAAAAUGUCUCUUCUAAGUUUAAUAUCCUAUGUGGUCCUACUCAUAUCAGGAAUCGUCUUAAGACAUUGAAGAAACACCUUGGCAUGGUUAAAGAUAUUAUGCAAAAUGGCAGCGGAUUUGGCUUUAAUUUUUCAACCAAAAUGCUUGAAGCUGAGGAAGGGGUAUGGGAUGCCUACCUUAAGGCAAAGCCAAAAGCUGCAUUCUUGAAAUAUAAUCCAAUUCCAUGCUAUGAAAUCUUGGAUGAGUUGUUUGGAAAAGACCGUGCUACAGGGAGUCGGGCAGUCAGUGCCAAACAACGACAGAUGCAAUGGGCAAAAGAACAAAAUUAUAUGGAGGAGAAUGAAGAAGAUGCAGUGAAUGAUGAAGUUGGUAAACAAAAUAAUAAUGAAGAAUCUUCUACAUCAAAGAUCGAAGAACCAAAGAAGAAGAAGACAAGAAUGGUAGAUGUAGUAAGUGAAGAAAUAUCACUUUUGACUGCUAGCAUAGGCGAAGUUGCUACUGCAAUUAAACUUGGUAACCAACGCAAUUAUACUGAAGAAGAUUUGUUCGAUGAGAUUGCUUCAGUUGGUGGAAUGUCCGAGUUCUCUCAAAUGACUAUAUAUCAAAAGCUUACUGGUGAUGUGAGCGCUGCUCGUGCUUUUCACAAGUGUCCAACGGUGCAUAAAAAGUUGUGGCUAUGCGUAAAAUUUGGUGAAGAAAUUUUUGAUGAUGAAUUGGUGUAGAUGUGCGCCCUGCUUGUGCACCCUGCUCUGUGUCUGGACGGGGGAUUUGUUACUAUUUUCGUUUAUUAUGCUUUAUGCAUAUAGAGAUGUUUAUUAUGUUGCCUCUUGUUAGAAGGGUUUGUCUCUCCACAUUUUGGUCUUGUUUCACAACCAGUAUAAUGCUUCUUUUUAUGUGUUUUGUCUCAUUGUGUGUCUCCUUUUAUGCUUCUUUAUUUUCUUGUUUAAAAAAUUCAUAGCUCUUUU